UUUAAUCUCAUCGAAGUUUCAAUAGUAAUUUCAGUCAAAAAUUGAAAUAAUUAUACAAAAAAUUUCGUUUAGCAUUUCAUUUUUAAACUAGUUUUUUGUUUCCAAAAAAAUAUAUUAGUGCUGUUGCAAAAUUUUUUGUUUUUCAUUUUAGUAGUAUUUGCUAAAUUUUUGUGUAAUCUCCUAAUUUGUGAGAUUUAAUAAACCGCAAAAAAAAUUAAAACAAAAAAGAGUUCCUAUGGAUCAUUUCAAUGUACCGAAGAAAGUGAAUCGACAUGUUUUAAAGGCACUGGGUGUUCUGAGUGGUGGCAAUCGUGAUCAAGUUAUCGUCAUGUCGCAAAUAAUCAACCAAGUCAAACAUCAAAUGCGAAACUUGGUACCAGUUCCUAAUCUUGAUAGGGCUGUGGAAAAGUCAUUAAAAAAUCUUAGCGAGAUUGGUCUGAUUGAUAGACAUGGGAUGUAUCGGUAUGCACUUGGACGAUGCGCUGCCGUCGUACCAGAACCCGGCCCACAGCCGAAUUCAAGAACUCCUGACCGUCGUGUGUUUCGAGGCAAUAAUCCACGGCGAUGUAGUCGCAGCAAUUUAGACCCUAAUAUGAAACGAGCUCGAGGCUGCAGCGACGAAGAUUCUAUUUCCGGCGACGAAUUUGACCGUGCGCGAAAGCGCAUGCGUACCAAUAAUAAACAAGUACGUCACUGCGGUCGUUGGGCAUAUCUUCCGCGCGUACGACAACACAAUCAACGCAGUCGGAAUAACCAGAAAGCCAAUUCAAAUGCGAAAUUCAAUAAAGCCCAUAUUUCUCAAGACUUUUUCUCAUUGGAUCAUCCGCUAACGCAAUUGCAAGAGUUUCAACUCUCUAGAGAUUGUCGAGACCCAUUUGAAGUAAUUAGUAAUGACACGAUGAAUAGCAUACCAAUGGAUUUUAGCCUAGCCAAUGUGACACCUACCCCAUCGCUGGAGAUAUGUGAAAUCAAUGAUGAUGUAAAAAAAAUUGUAGAUGUCCGGAAAAUAGUCGAAACGCCACCAUUACAAGAGCAAAGUGAAGAAAAAAACUUAAAUAUUGAUAAUAAUGUAAUGGAAGAAUAUCAGGAAAGAGAGGAAGGCGUGCAAACUGAACAUUCCUCGUCGACGACAGUACAAGGCUUUCAAAGUGGUAUAUCUAAUCGUGCAGCUACCUUCCAUAAUGGAAAUGCGAUCGCACAAAUGCAAACUGCACGAAAAAACACAGCUAAUCUCAAUCAAAUAACGAAGUCGUUCACAUCUAGACGGUUAUUGAACACAGCAAGUGCGUACGCUGCUACUUCAGAACAUUCUUUCAAAUCUAUAAUGCCGGAUUACACUCGUUCUUACAUAAAGUAAACAUGUCUGCAAUGUAUUUGUAUAUUUAUUAUAUUUAAUAUUAUUCUUGUAUUAUAUAAAUAUUUACGACAAAUUUGUGAGUAUAAGUCUUUAUUUUAAGAAAAUCCUAAUUAAACAAAAUGCAUAAUAACAAGGCAAUAGUACAGUGUUAUCAUUACAAACAGUGAGAAUAAGAUUCAUCACUUAACAAGAUUUUUUUUCUAACUCAAACGUGUUGUGGAGAAUAGAGUACCGUAUAUCUAGAUUAUAUUAUUCCUGCAAAUCCACAAACAUUUUACUCGUCCAUAUUAUCCAUAUUCCUUUGUAACUGUUAUGUUAAAGAAUUAUGUUAAAUUGCAUUCUCAUAUGUUUGUAUUUUGUAUUAUUCCCAUUUGCAGCAUUGUUCUUAUACGUUAUCUCCGGACUGGGUAUAACCGCGGGAGCACAUCGCCUUUGGG